AAUGAUACAGAGUAGACUUUUGUCGAGGACUCCCUGACUCCCACAGAGAAGAAUAAGCCGAAGGGUGUGAUUGGUCCUGCUCGUCCUUUUUCCGCUUCUUCAAGAUUCAAAAGUUUCAAGAUUUCCGAACAUCUCUCCCCGACAAAGUUUUCUAGUUCUAAUAGAGCCCAAUCUUCUUUUUUCACACUUGCUUUUCCCACCUGGUCCGCAAUCCCUUCCAAUCAUGGGUGGCUACAAGCCUCAAAUAACCUAUGUGGUCGAGCAUCUGGACCCAGAAUUGGGACCCUGGUCCUCCUUAGAGUACGGCCGCAUUGCACGGGAAUCACACGCUGCUGGAGCAAGAUUCCUUCUCAGUUCAGUGCCCUCCUCUCUGCAGAUGCCCAAGGACUUGGCUGCCACCCAGGGACUGGAGGUGGAACAUCGCAGCGUCGAAGAGAUAUUUGCUGAUAGGAAGUCUAAAGUCUGCCUUCUGGAUCCAGCAGCAGAGGCUGAUCUGAACCCGGCAGACGGAGAUCAGUUUGAGGUUUUUUUGUUCGGUGGUAUUUUAGGUGACGAUCCCCCACGAGACCGUACUUCUGAGUUGAGGAAAAAGGGCUACAGUGGAAGGCGGCUCGGACCUAAGCAAAUGACAACAGAUACUGCAGUGCGGGUAACGCGUAUGGUCGCUCAAGAAAAAGGGAAUGGUUGACUUGAUCAAGGAGGAUGCCAAUAAAAGCGUUGAUGAUUUGUUUUAGAUUGCAAUCUGGGCAUCUGUACCAUAGCUUAAAAAAGAACAGUGAUGUUUCCGGCGCAUUUUCAUACCAUUAGCAUUUAAUAGUAUCGAACAGGUAUUAAUAUUGCCUGGCUUUCGCUUGCCAAUGAAUCUUGCUUUAUUUUUG